AUGACGGACAAGAAUCCUACGUUUUCGUUUAUAAUUUUAUUUCGUUUGCUUCGUUUGUUCGUUAUUUUGCGUUUCGCUAAGGAACAUGAAGAGUGCAAGUAUUUCCUUCAGCCUUUUCGAUGUGAGAGCUACGAAGAUGCCGGAGUCCAGGAACCAUAUCGUACAUACUUACAUGACACACACUCUAUUGCGAAAAAAUGCUGGCCUAGUUAUAACACUCCGUACUUCCCUAAAAUCUUUGGAUGGUCUGAAAGCGGAAGAAUGGUGAAGAAAUAUGGCGAUUGGUUCAAUUACGAGAAGACACCUCGAGCAUUGAUUUUCCGCAGAGAUCAUGACGAUGUGACCGAUAUGAACAGCAUGAUUCGACUAAUGUCAAACAAUUUCAUUGAAGACCCACUAUCCAGAUCACGAGCCACGGACAUGAAGGUAACUAAUUCGCAUCUGAUUGAGUCCUUGUCAUUCACCGCCACUGCUGGUCCCACCCACGGCCCUACACUUGUCUUUGAUUGGAACAGAGCACCAUUCAAGGAUAUAGUGCCGCACAAUGGGCAACCAACGCAAUGGACAUUCAAGCUUAUCAAUCAUCAGUGGGAGUCAUCAUUGUACACUAAUAACCAGCAAUUUGGUCCAAAUUUUGCUCAACCCUAG